CGCAUCAUCGCACAUCGUCAUCACGUUACGUCACGCAGGCGUGUAGUUCAGGUGAAGUCUUUUAUUAUUAUUUACCUGACCUCAAUGCGACACGACAGAGAGAGUAAACACGGGAUUUAAGCUUUGAAAGUCAAGGUGUCAUGGGGUCAUGGAUGCUGGUUUGGAUUCUGUGUGCCACAGUCACUCUGAUGCCUGUGUGUCUUCACGGAGCAAUAUCGGUCCGUUUUAAAACCGGACGGCCUCUGUAUGUUGCGCUCGGACAAACUCUUGUUCUGGAAGCCGUGUUUGAGAAGGAUCCAGAAGACAAGAUAGACAUAGUGACGUGGGACCGCGAGAGAGGAAGAGAGCAUGUCAGGCUGUCACACAGAAACAGAAUAUCUUUGGAGAACGGAGAUGCACUUCUGCGGGUCACUGAUGUUGCAGAAGGGGACUUUGCGAUCUACAAGGUCACUGUUACAGACAGGAACGGAUACCAGCAGCACGACUCAAUAGAAGUGCGAAAGACAGUGGAAUCUCCAAAGGCGUCAAUAACACGUGUGCUGGAGUGCGUUGUGGAUAAUCACGGCAUGACUCAGUGGGACAGCCCUCAGUUUUCAUGGCUGGUUGAUGGUGUUACAGUAACCAAUCAAACCGCCCUGUUAACAAAUGGCAGUAGACUAGACAUCUCUGAGAUUAAGGGCGUUAACUACACCUGCAUCAUCAAGAGCAGCCUGGGGACGGUGACUACACAUCAUCAAAUACCAGAAGAAUCGUCAGCGUCUUGGCCCUGUUGUGCAGCACUGAUUGCAGUUGUAGUUUUAACAGCAGUAAUAAUAACACUUGUGGCUGGGUUCAUUGUCAUGAAGAAAUACAAGAUCAAUUCCAUCCUUUAGCAAUACUGAACACUCACAGACAACCUUUUUUUUUUUUAUUAUUAUUGUUUUAUCAUAACAAUUUUGGUUUGUAAUUUAUUUUACGUAAGUACUAUUUAACAUCAUAUGCUUUUCCCUCUUAUUUAUGACUUUAAUUUGAAUUGCAGAAAUGCUGUUCAUGCAACUCUGCGUACUGUACGUAUAUGUGACUCUCAAACAGUUUUCAGCUUCCAGGUUUAAAUGUUCUCAGCAUGCUUUCUUACUAUCGAAACUGUUAGCUGUUUCCCUGCAGUUUUUCCGUUUGGUAGAUUUGAUAAAAUUCUUGUUUUAUGUCAAAAGAAUGUUCUUGUGUU